AUGCAGAGACCGCAGAAACCGACACGGUUCGGAGAUUGGCGACCAGCGGGGGCUAGAAGGCGGAGCGAUUGCUCGCAAUCGCGCACUGCUCGACGUUGCGCUCAAUCUUCAGGCAUGGCUUGUCAAACUGGAAUCCGAGGUCAGUUCAUAAAGAAUGAUUUUAUUCAAUGUUGACUGUUGACAAAUGUUUAUGUAUGCCGAUGUGACAAAGACGUCUUUAUUGAUUUUGCGCCUUUGUGCUUUUUUUUUGAUGUUAUAGUUAUCGAUGUAUACUUUAGUUUGUUCUAAAUACUUUUUCUGCUGAACUUGAUGAGCUCAGAAGGCUAGAAAUAGCUCGUUGUUUUUUUAAGAAAAAUUUUUUUGCAAACGGGAAAUGUUGGUCAAAAAAAUUCAUAACUAUUUUUCCAAAAAAAUAAAAAUUCUAAACGAACCUGUCAGCAAAAGGUGGAAUUUUACUUUAAUUACUGACUAUAAAAUAUGUGAAAACUCUAUCUGUAAUUUUUUUAAGUUAAUUGUAAAAGCAAGUUCUUGUUAAAACUUUUUUUAGACCUAAAAAGUUGUGUGACUAAAUUUUUAGCCCUCUUUUUGAGUCUGAGAAAGUGUUUAAAAAACUAUUCUCUCAGAAUAAGAAAAAAAAUCAUGCUUUUUAGAGACUUCUGAAAGAGAAUCACAAUUUAAAAAGGAAAAAAAUAACUUUUCUCACCACAUGUUUGUAGUUUUUUUCUUUAUUUUUCUGAACUUAUUUCAAAAAGUCGAUAAAUGUUUGUAUAUUCUAUAUAGUUCUGUGAGAUGAAUCUUCUGUAACAAUGGGAAAGAAAGCAGUUCUGAAAACUGGCCACUCCAAUGUCGGCCACGUUUUGAGAAAAGUCGCUCUAAGAACUUCUUUGUUCGUGUGGCGGUACGCUUGCGCAACGAGGCGCAUAAUGCCUCGGAUAACCUUGACGUUUGGCAUUGGUUAGAUCUCCCAAGUCGGCGAUAAUGUGGCCUAGAAAUGAAUAAGGCCUGCGUUUUUUGGCAUCAUAUUUCAAAAAAAAACUUUAUCAAUAUGGUAUAAAGAUAACCGAAUAUCUCUUUUUUUAGAUAAAAAAAAUAAUUUAAGCUCUGAAGAAACAGGUAGACCAGUUCCUCCAAACACUUCUUGACACUUUAGUUCAUAUUUGCCCUGCGCGAGAGCACAAUCAACUAUGUUUACAUUUGUUUCUAUGAGAUUGAUUGUUACGGAGCUCGCAUAUAAGAAGCAAAUGUAGUUUUUAUGAAAUGUCUUCUUUUUUUCGAAGUCUCAAUGUUAACCGAAAAACGAUUUUUUAAUUUUUUGAUUAUCGGUGUUUAGUAAAAAAAAGGGCUGCUGAAACUUUACUUUUGCUUUUUUUGAACUUGUCUGAAGAUAUUUUUUGCAAGCCAACGUGAAAUAAACUGCUCACGAGAAAAACCAGAUCCCAAGUCGGCUCAGUUGAAUUUUAAAAUUUUCGCGAUUUUCUUCGAAAUUAGUUUUUGGAACUCCUGCAGCACCGAGCAAAAUUAUCCCUUUUGCAAGAUUUUUGGAAGCUUGUAAGAGUAUUCCAACCUACUUUUUAAGCUUCUACAAAAAUCAAAAAGCUUUUUUGAACAGACUUAUAGAGCCUGCUCAAAAACGCCUGUUCCUUGUGGGAGCUAGACUGAGGCCCUUCAUUCCAGCGGUUUUUGAGAACCCAGAAUGAACAAGGAUUUGUGUGAGAUUCCGGGCUGCUCCAGAGCUAUGUGACUGGCGGUACGUACGGUGCAGCGACGAAAACAAAUGAAAGUGGCUAUUGCAAAUAAGGCACAGACUUGAGCAACCAGCCGCUCCAGCAGCAGCUGUCCAUCAUUGGGGAUGUGUUCGGAGAAAUCCGAUCCACUUGGGGACUCUUUGCAUUCGAUGUUGUGCCGAGUUGCUACUAAUUAUUGAUGAGUCGUCCUGAGAACCAACGCAAGACAAAAAUUUCCGAACUUUCAAUGAACACAUCUGUUCUCAUUCAUACACAAUGCACUUUGUGGGGAUAUUUAUUGAUUCUUUCGCGCCCAGGGGUUAGACUGGAGCACUGAGUUUUUUUUUGUACUUUAAUAUGAAAAUAAAAAAAAAACAUUAUCAGAGCGAAACCAGAAUAGACAAUAAAUAAAAAGUCCGAAAUUUAAAAAAAUUUUUGGCAAAAAAACGAUUAUUUCAUAGAAUACGUUAAUGGAAAGCAAUUUUGAUCCGUUAAAGCUUAUUUCAAGUAGACUCAUUAUUUAACCUAUUUCUUAAAUUGCAACUUUAUCAUGUCCAUUGCCUCCCUUAACUUUUUUCAAAAAAAUUUUUAAUAGCGAUUUAUUUUUUUCUUCGAAAUAUUCGCUCGAGCUCUCAUUGUUUUUUGAUUUGAACGUUUUGAUUAUUAAAAACAGAAAAAAAGUAUUUCAUUCAAUUGUAAAAGCAAAUUUAUAACUUCGUGUCGCAUUCCAUAUGAACAGAGAAUUUGUCCUCUCAAAAAAUACUCAAUAGUCUUUGUUGGAUCUGAAAAGAAACACACAAAGCGUAUUUCUCUUUCUCGUUUGAUUAUUAAAUAGCACAAAGAAAUGUACUUCUUUCAUCGCUACGCCAAAAUAAGACGUUGUUCCAAGAAAGAAUUGAAUGAAUUAGUUAAAUGUAAAAAUGUAUUACAAAACGUAUUCUCUCCUUUGCUCUGGAAUGGGAUUGAAAAUGAAUAAUUUCAGCAAACGCGGGCCUGAAAAACGCGUUGAACCUCGGAAAGCAGGCCAAAUUGAGGCUCAUCAAGGUCGUCGUCAAAAAUGGUCCUUUCUACUUUUUAAUGAGGUGUCCAAAAAUUCUGUUCCAGAAGAGCUGACGUCAAAUUACGAGUACGCAGGAACGGGGAACUGGCGGGAUGACUGGCGCGCGACGCUUCCGGAGUGCGUCGACGCAUUUGAGCCGUGCUUCAUUCUCUUCCGCCUCAACACCAUCACCGAAUGGAUCCUCAUUACGUUCGUCGUUUAAAUCGAAUGUUUUGUAAAGAGCAAGAAAAAAGACCUCGAUUUGUGAACAAAAAAAGUAUUCAAUAAGUUCAAGUAAUAUCAACUUUAGAUUUUCAUUUUUAAUUAAGAGUCAUCAGAAGGUCAUCUGAUUAGAACCUCAAAAUUCGGAACUCACGAUUUGAUCUAGAUUUGCAAAAUCGAAGCUUUUUUUUUAUACUUCAAUCAUUUUUUAAUACUUCAAUCAUCAAGAAACUUUUUUUUUCUUGAUCCUAUUGAAAUAGAUUUUUUAGAUCUUCGCGCAUUACAUUUAUCCGUUUUUUUGUACCAAAUUUUUUUAGGGGAACAAUAACCAAAGCAGAAGUUUUUGAAAAAAACUUUUUAGAGACACACUGAAUUUUAUUUUCAACGUAUAUUUCUUAGAAAUGCGGUUUUGAGAAUUUAAUUUUCUUUUGAAAUUGAAAAAAAGUCCAAUAAAAAAAUCUUCGAAGCUUUUUUUGCUCAAAAUGAAAAAAUUAUUUUUUUCAGAUUCGCCGACGAUCGAGCACCAGUUCGAGAAAAAAAAUGCUUCUCGCCGCAACUUGCCUGACUUUCAAAAGCGAGUUCGGACAAGUCUAUAUUGAGCAUGAAAAACACGUCACUGACCGAAAGGUUUUCUUUUUUGCUCACAUCUUCCUUAUUUGUUUUCCAGGACCUUACUCUUGACUCCUUCGAAUCUUGGCUGAAAUCAAAGUCAGAAUUAGGACCGAUGAGCGAAGUUGAAAAAGGUGAAAAAUAAUUGUGAAAGUUUGAUGUAUUAUUGCGAUUCCAGAGCUUCAUAAUGCUCAGCAGGAACGAGCGGCUAUAGCUCAUGCCGGUCCACAACACAUGAAAGUGAGUUUCAGAACACUUGUAGAAGCUGACGAGAGCAUCAGCAUCAUCGAUCAGUUUUGAUUUUCAGGGUGUCGCGUUCCCUGUCGAUCGAAACGCCGAAGACGCACUACGCCAACUGGCCACGGGUCGUCUUUCAUUUGUCCAACUUUCAGUUCGUUUUUUUUUCUUCUCAAACGUUACAGAGACCGAGAAAUAGAAAAAAUCCCAUAAGAAAAAAGAACGGAUAAAAAGGUUUGACGCCAUUUUUUAUGAGCCGAAAUUUUUUCAGCUAUUGAUUGUCGGUUCCAUCUGAUCAGAAAUCAGGAAAAAAACAACAAAAGCGAGAAAAUUAUAAAAAAUUAUUCAUUUUCUGCAUCCCAGUUUUUUUCAUUCAAAUCUCAAAUUUGAAUGAUUCUGAAAACUUUUCUGGACAUUCCACGAACACUUAUGAUACCACGUUGUGAAGCGACUUUGCAACCAAAACUCAUACUCCGUUGCCAAACAACACUUGUGCUCCGCUGCAUAGGUUCAUUUUACGUCGCAGAGACAAAAGACGCCAGUCGACCCAUUGUUUAUGUGGAGAGUGUGCUGAAGAUUGAAUUAACCGCCAAGCAGAUGGCCUAAGGAACGGCGAGUAUUCAGGUCGACACGUUGAACGAGGCAAUUAAACUCGAAGGAACUGCCGAGCAACUCGAGCCGACGCAGUUGGCGUCCAAGGUGCCGCGGGACAAGCCGCGGUACACGUUCUACCGGUUCGAUCACACCUGGGAAGGAACUCCCCAACGUUGUACAUGUUAGUAUUUUUUGUUUUUAGUUUGAGCAAAUGUGAAUGACAGACCUCAGGGAGUUGCGCUGUUUUCGUGAGUCAAAAGAUUAAUGGGCUCUUUUUCUGGGCAAAAACUUGCAGUUGACCAAGUUAAUGCUUCCGAAAAGUUUUUGGUACUAGAAACAAAAUUGCAAUAGAAGAAAAAAAAAAUGGUUCCGUUUUUUUUUUUGAAUUUUUGAAACUUUAAACUAGAAUAUCAAUCAUUUUUCUCAUUAUUUUCAGUGUUCAUUUACUCACUUCCAUCGUCGGGUAGCUCCAUCAAAGAAAGAAUGCUCUAUUCAAGCUGCAAGGGUCCAUUCCUUUCAACCGCAACAAAUGUUUAUGGAGUCGUCAUAACAAAUAAGGUUUGUGAAUUAGUCUUUUUUUGUCAUUUUUCGUGAAGAAAUCUGGUCUGAAGCGGGAAAAAUAAUUUUUUUAAUUAUUGAGUAUACUUUUUUUCUUUUGGUAAGACUGAUUAUAGCUGAUUUUUUAGGGAAAAAUUUUCACACGAUGAAUCUAAAAACGAGAAGAAGGUGUUGAUUCUAAAAAUCUCAAAAGAUCUGAUUCAAAAAAAUGAAACUACCGAUGUUGCAGAUGGAAGUCGAUGCAAGGGAUGACCUCUCAGAGAAAGCUCUUCUAGAAGUCCUCCAUCCGUUGCCCCAGGAGCCACCCAAGCAGUUCGCCCGACCUGCGCCUCCCCGCGCCGGAGCCCGUCGCAUAACCAAAGUCUGA